AUGGAGGCGACUCUGGAAUGUUGCGAGGAACGCGUGCGGGCGCAUGAGGAGAAGAAGAAGAAGUUUGAGUCCUCGUGGGAGUUUGAGGAGUGGACGCGUGAGGGUCUGUAUGUGCAGGAGUUCUCGGCAGAGGAGUUCCCGAAGAGGAAGAAGAUCUUGAUGCCGAAGAGGGAUCAGCAGAAGUAUGCCAUGAUCGAGGGGGUUUUUGCAAGGGUUACUGGUCGUCAUAGGGUGGACGGAGAUCACAGCGAUACCCCAACUACGGAGUGA